GCAAAUAGUAUGUCUGACUUGUCCGGUGUUAGAACAAACAGAUAAUAUCUAAUGGUCUAAUAGACCGUCUUAUUUCUUAUAACAGAUGGCUCUGUCAAUAGUACAAAUGAUGGAUAUUGACCCCGAAAGCCAGAAAUCACUCGAGUCGCUCCAAGAGGCAAUAAAGCAAGCGGUUGUAAAGAAAAUAGAGAACGAUAAUGUGCAGUAUUUAAACCAAAUCCUUGACACAGCUGUUGCGCCACUUCUAAAAUCUCUGAAGUUGGAUGUAAGUAGGAAUCGCUUAAGAAAAGGGCUAGCUAACAGCUCUCGCAGCACCUAGGGUAUGCCGCAUGGAAGAUCGUCAAAGCCAUUACUAUAGAGAACGAGAC